AUGGCCCAAGCGCAAGCAGCAGUGCGACCCGCCGAAAAGCUUCACGCCGCCUGCGACGAGUGCCGCACGCGAAAGCUCAAAUGCUCCGGCGACACGCCAGCAUGUGUGCGCUGCAAGAAAGAAAAGAUGGUCUGCUUCUACUCGCCCCAAAAACAGAUGGGCCGUCCGCGGAAAAAAAGGAGGGAAGGUGAGGCGGACGAAUCCACAGGGCCGCUCACGGAAGCGCAUGACGGAUAUGCCAACACCUUGAACACUGUCCCUGACCUUCCAAACUAUCCCAGUUUCGAUAGCCUGGUUUCUGCGCCAUCGCUUCAGAAUGCAUACUCUUCCAGCCAUUCGUCGGUUCAUGAAGCGGUUACUCCCGGGCAAUUUGACUUCACGUUUCCUGGUCAGUUCGGGAUAUCUCCUGGCCAAGACUUUGCGUAUUUCAGGUCGAAUUUUGAUCUGCCAGUCGACCCAUCGCUGUGGGACCUCCCGCCUGACCUCUUAGCUGACAACGUGGCUGAGUCUCCGUCAAGCCAACACAUUGAAGGACCAUGCGCCUGUCUGACAACAACAUGGCUAACACUGACUGAGCUACAAGCCGUCACAUCAUUCGACUUCCCCCAGGUCGUCAUACCCUUGAGGAAAGCCAUGUCCGCCCUCGCAGACAUCAUCGCUUGUCCGCAGUGCCCCAAGGACCCCUUCUGCGCAAUCCAAAAUGUCCAGUCCAUUGUCUCGUUGAUGAAAGCAAUAACCGAGCGCUUCAAUAAAGUGCUGAUAGGGAUUGAUCGCGAAGCGGCUCGCCUCGAGGAAACAGGACAGAAGAAGCCAUACCGGAUUGGCGAUACCAAUCCUGCUCUGCUUCAUCUACACACGGGCACGCCCGACUGUCCCAUGGGCUUCAACAUUGAGUUAGAGGCCAAGGACUGGAAGCGUCUGGUCAAAACAGCACUGAAGACAGAGGUGUAUGGAGGUGGCAGGAAUUCACAGUCGUUGCUAGACCUGGUGAAGAAGAGCGAGUUGCGACAAGAGAAAUGGCACAAUGACCGGCACUCUUGGGUCGAAGACAUGGUCCAGUUACAUGGGGGGAGGGGGGAUUGCGCCAAUUCCCAGGGUUGCCAGGCUUUGGGCGCGCAGCACAUCAGGAGGACAAUCGAUCAUCUUAGAUGGGAUUGA